UAUGAAAUUAGCAAGAGAGGCGUUUGCUGCACUUAAACAAGACACAACCAGGAUUGAUGAGAUCGGGAAGCUUGAAGAAGAAGACUUUCCCACUGCCAGGGUUCAGAAGUUAGAAGCAGAGUUGAAGAAAGAAAAAGAUAUUGACGUCAAGUUUAAGCAAAUCAAUGACCACCUCAACCAAAUCGAGAGUCAAAUUAAAACCGUACGAUCAGACGUAAAAACAGCAGUAACAGAUGUACAGACGAAAGUGGAAGAAGUCAGGUCGGACGUCAAAACAGAAGUAACAGAUGUGCAGGCAAAAGUGGAAGAAGUCAGGUCAGAAGUCAUAACAGCAGUAACAGAUGUACAGACGAAAGUGGAAGAAGUCAGGUCAGACGUCAAAACAGCAGUAACAGAUGUGCAGACAAAAGUGAAAGAAGUCAGGUCAGACGUACAAACGGCAGUAACAGAUGUACAGACAAAAGUAGAAGAAGUGAAAACGGCAGCAGCAGAAGUCGAGACAAAAUUGGAAAAUGUCGAAUCAGAGGUGAAAAUUGCAACAAGUGAGCUAGCGAAAAUAAAAGCAAACGUCGAUGACGUAAAACAAGCAGUUCAGUCCGGAAUCACCAAAGGUUUGUAAAGCGUUGGUUUCGUUGCAAAACACUGGCUGAUCCGUCAUUCAUCUUCCUUGGUUAGGAACUGCCUUGCUAGUUGCGUAUGUGAAGGUUCCCAAAGCGAAUUCCUAUUCAUAUUUUUAUAAUGGGCAGUUGUUGGUAACGUGUUUCCACGUCUAUUUAACAUUGAUUUAUAUUAAGAUUUAGCGAUAUGUCGCUAUGGGUGAGGCAGUAAAUUCAUUGCAUUUACCAUAAAAUAACAAUCGGUUACAUACAGAGAUUGUGUGAGCGCCCUGUGCCUGAAUUAACAAUACCAUAGGCCCGGCGUAGUCAAUCGAACGAAACCGAACCAAAAAUCAAUCGAACCCAUCCGUCGGAUUGUUGUUCGAUUGUUUCUGUAAUCGAACAUAAUCGAACUGAAACUUUUCGGUGAGUUCGAUUACCGAGCUCAAUCGAACCAAUCGAACUCAAUCGAUGCGAUUAGUUCGAUUUUGUUUGGCAGAAAGACAAAACGCAGCCAGUUUUAAUUGAAUCGGAAAGAUCAUCCCCCUGGGAUGUAUGUGCAGCAGUUUGAAAACAAAAAUAUUUCAAUUAACCCGGAACUAAAUCUUUGUUGUUAAAGUUAUUAAAAAUCGAUAAAUUCACAACUAAUUAUGCUGGAGAACAUGAAUGGCACAGUAAAACCACGUAAAAUGUCUUUCCCAGGACAAUACCGACUGGGUGCUGAACAAAACGCAACAGCUAUUUCGAGAAAGGUUGUCGAAAAAAAUGUGCACGCGACCAUCCCGANCAGCAGCAGAAGUCGAGACAAAAUUGGAAAAUGUCGAAUCAGAGGUGAAAAUUGCAACAAGUGAGCUAGCGAAAAUAAAAGCAAACGUCGAUGACGUAAAACAAGCAGUUCAGUCCGGAAUCACCAAAGGUUUGUAAAGCGUUGGUUUCGUUGCAAAACACUGGCUGAUCCGUCAUUCAUCUUCCUUGGUUAGGAACUGCCUUGCUAGUUGCGUAUGUGAAGGUUCCCAAAGCGAAUUCCUAUUCAUAUUUUUAUAAUGGGCAGUUGUUGGUAACGUGUUUCCACGUCUAUUUAACAUUGAUUUAUAUUAAGAUUUAGCGAUAUGUCGCUAUGGGUGAGGCAGUAAAUUCAUUGCAUUUACCAUAAAAUAACAAUCGGUUACAUACAGAGAUUGUGUGAGCGCCCUGUGCCUGAAUUAACAAUACCAUAGGCCCGGCGUAGUCAAUCGAACGAAACCGAACCAAAAAUCAAUCGAACCCAUCCGUCGGAUUGUUGUUCGAUUGUUUCUGUAAUCGAACAUAAUCGAACUGAAACUUUUCGGUGAGUUCGAUUACCGAGCUCAAUCGAACCAAUCGAACUCAAUCGAUGCGAUUAGUUCGAUUUUGUUUGGCAGAAAGACAAAACGCAGCCAGUUUUAAUUGAAUCGGAAAGAUCAUCCCCCUGGGAUGUAUGUGCAGCAGUUUGAAAACAAAAAUAUUUCAAUUAACCCGGAACUAAAUCUUUGUUGUUAAAGUUAUUAAAAAUCGAUAAAUUCACAACUAAUUAUGCUGGAGAACAUGAAUGGCACAGUAAAACCACGUAAAAUGUCUUUCCCAGGACAAUACCGACUGGGUGCUGAACAAAACGCAACAGCUAUUUCGAGAAAGGUUGUCGAAAAAAAUGUGCACGCGACCAUCCCGAAAGGUAAUAUGGGAUAUGAUCAAUACGCUGUUCCUGAACUCAAAACCACCCACAAUACCUUUCGGGAUUGUCGCGUGCACUUUUUCCGACAACCUUUCUCGAAAUAGCUGCAUACAAAAUAGUCACUACUACCAGUGUUCUCAUUACCUCAAAGUAAAUGUCUAUUAAAACUACAAGCGGCGUUUGUAGAAAGCUGUUGCACAGCAGAAGCAAUACAAGCUUACCUUUUGGCGUUACAAUGCUUCAUUAAAAGAAAAAGAAAUCCAACAUCGACGGCCAAAGAGCACUGUCUCGUAUUCCGUCCUCUGUCAUCUUUGCGUACUCGUGUUUGAAAUUGAAGCCAAUUGAUACAUAACUUAUUUGAACGUAAAGCCUUGUUUGAAAUCAGAUGAAACUGGUUUAUGCUCGAUUGUUGCAGUGUUCGAUAAGGUUCAAUUGUUUAAGUGUUCGACUUCCGAACGUUCUAUUGACUACGCCGGGCAUAGGGAACCCUAGUCUCCUUCGCAACCGUUAUUAGGGUGGUCACUCGUCACGCAACGCUCAGCGUUGCGUGACGAGUGACGACCCUAAUAACGGUUGCGAAAGAGACUAAGGGAACCCACGCUCUUAUUUGUAAACUGCAAAUGGAAAUUAAAUGAGAGAUAAAACCUUAUCUGUGGAGUGUUCAGUUCUUGAAUCUGCUGCGAAGCAAGGUGAAAUUGAAGUUGCUGUACGAUGCAAAAACGAAUGUUUUACGAUGUUUGUGUCGGCGCUUUGUCCGUAAAUUUCACAAUGCUUUAUUUUAUGUGGUUUGUCUUGCAUAUCACUGUUGGGUCACGCGGUUGUCAUUAUCGUCUGGCGUUUCACUGUUGGUUUAUUAAUUAACGGUACAGUAAUUGGCGCGCGUUAAUUAAAAUUGUUGAUAAAUUAAUAACCAACAGUGAAUAGCGAGAGACAAUAACAACCGCGUGACAUCAACAGUGAAAUGCGAGACAAACCAUCUAAAAUAAAGCAUUGUGACUUUUACGGACACAGCUCCGACACAAACAUCGUUUUUGCAUCGUAGAAACAACUUCCAUUUCACUUUUCUGCGCUGCAGAUUCAAGAACAGAACAGGUCAGUUUUCAUCUCUCAUUUAAUUCCCAUUUGCAUUUUACAAAUAAGAGCGUGGGUUCCCUACUAGUGCAAUGCCAACAACAUCAGCAAAGUUACCAAUAAACGUAGCCUCCCACGCAGAUGUUCUUAAGGGUUCGUCACGCGUUAGUGGGGCAGGAACGCGUGACGAACCCCUAACAACGUCUGCGUGGGAGGCUACAAUAAACACCACCCUCGAAUAAACGCCGAACCCAAUCAGAAGAAUGCUGCGUUCUGUUUAGUUUUAUAAGAAAAUAUCUCGGAACCACCUCUCAGCAAAAAAAAAACGACACAUCGAAACCUUUUACAAACAUAUCAAUCUUUCUGUUUUUCCAAGAGCCAUUAUGGCUCUUCGAUUUGCAUAAUAUUUAUUUAUCUGUCUAUUUAUUUAUUUACAUUAUUUAUUUAGUUAGUUAGUUAUUUAGUUUCCCGGCAUCAAAGGGUCCACAGGUUGCAAAAUCAACCUAGUCCCCAGGGCUCAUUUUUUUAAAAGGAAAAGCUCUGGGGACGAGGUUGGUUGCAAAAUAUACCCUUGAAUACAAUUUAUUUACAUAUGUCAUUUAUAACAUGACUAGACUGCAGCUGCGAGCAGUCUCUUAUUUUUCUUUCUAGUAACGGAGAUCGAAAACACCACUAUGACGAGAAACGAGGGCGGAAGCCCCAAUCUCUGCCCAGUCUCUCCUCCUUUUUGCCAUAACGAUUAAUUUGCAUGAUUUCACUUUUUCGUUCGCCCCGCGACCGGCAAUAAGAAAAGAAGGACGAUUGCUCGCGGUCUAGCUUAUAUGAUUUGUUUUCCCCAAGGAUAUCACGUGAUAUUACUCUAAAAAAUUGUUUCCUCUUUAAUUUUCUUCUUCUUCACAUACAUGAUGUACUAAAAGAGAAGGAAUAAAUUCCCUUAAAAACAUCACAUGAACUACAAUGGGAAAAAAUAUAAAUGCUAAAAAGGAUCUUUUAUUAAAGGAUCUACAGCUGUAGUCGAUUGAACGUUUACCUUAGCCUGGCGCGGUCCUUAUAUCUCAUUUUUUUUAAUAUUAUUGUUAAUUACAACUACAAAGUUCUGAUUAUUCCCUGCAAUGUAAUUUGUUUGCGUUGUCUCUUCAGAUUUAUUUGUGCCCGACUCGUCCAUACCUGAUGAAGUACCAAACUUUGUUGGCCGCGACAAAGAAUGCAAAGAAGUAGAACAUCAUUUAACAGAUGAACUUACUCGACUGGUCAAUGUCUGGGGUCCACCUGGAUUUGGAAAAACAUCAGUGGCCAUCAGAGUGGCGCAUCAGUUACAAGAGAAGAAUUUUCCAGUUUACUUUGCAUCCGUUCGUGGAAUGAAAAGUAUGGAGGAUUUACUGUCGAAACUGCUAAGUAUCUUCGUAGACGAUAAACAGGUGAGCCGCAUUUCAUCGUCUGACCUCGUCAUUCAAUGUUUACAGCAAAUUCGAAAUCCUUUAGUAAUAAUACUAGACAAUGUCGAUGAUUUACUCGAAUCUGAGGAUGCCAAACGGAAACAGCACGUGCUUCGAUUUAUUGAGGAAAUCAUUACUCACUGCAAAGAAAUCAAGCUUCUCUUAACUACUCGCGAAAGUCUCGACUACUUAAGCCACAAGCUUUCCAUCUACUUGGAGAAAAUUAACGUAUUGGACGGAAUUUCGUCAGCGCGUCUGGUAAGGCUGUUGUUACCAGAUGCCUUGGAAGACGACUGCAAAUGUGUCGUGAGGGAGUGUGGGAACGUUCCUAUGUCCAUGCGACUAAUGUGCAGCAUCAUUAAGGAAGCAAAUAUAUCCAUAAAUGCGCUUUUAGAAGAACUAAGCGAUUCAACGAUAGUUGAAGUUUUGAACAGUGAAAGCUUUCCUGACGAUUUCCGAAUUAAAUCUGUAAUUAACACAUCUUUUAAAAGGCUCAUGAUUCCCGAACGAAACGCAUUUGUUUCGCUUUCUGUUUUUCCUGAGUGGUUUGGAAUAAAGGAAGCUCAAGUCAUAUUAAAUGUAAAAUCAGAGGUUAAAACCAAACAAAUUAUUCGAUCACUAAAGAGAAAGUCCCUUAUACAUUGUGGAGACAGUUUUAGCCGUUUUACAGUCCAUUCACUUUUACGGUCCUUUAUUAAGGAAGAAGUAAAGAAUGACGAAGCGGUUGAAGCUGUAUUUCUGAAUGCACAGGUUCAGUUUUAUGACCAUUACAUUUCUAGGUGUGAAAUUGCUAACAAAAACUUCCUGAACGGAAGUUAUUCAAAGGCCUUCAGAAAUUUCCUUGAUCGGAGUGAGUGCAUCAUUUCAUCCCUUUCUAAUGGACCUGGAAAUGACAGGACCUACACCAAGGCUGUAGACUUGUUAUCUGAGGCAAAAUCAUUUCUCUAUGUUGCACUUCAUGGUGAAAAAAAGUUAUUUGAGCGCCUUUAUGACAUAGCAAUAGAAGAAGCAGAAAGAAGGGAGAAGGUCGGCGACAAAAAAAUGUUACUCUCUGCCAAAGAAUUUCCUCUUAGCCAGUGGUAUCAGCCAGACACUGCUAAAAGCUACUUCUGGCUUGGUAGAGUGCAGCGUGAAGCGGGAGACCUGACAACAGCAUUGGAGUCUCUACAGUUGAGCUUACGAUUAAGAAAAGAACUGUUAGGAGAUCAUCCUGAUACAGCCGACGACUUUCAUGAGCAAGGCGUUAUCCAUACUUUUAUGGGUGAUUAUAAGUCAGCUGUUGAAGCACUCCAGAAAGCAGCAGACAUAAAUUUAUCUUUGCGUGGAGGUCACAAAUUCACGGCGUUCAGCUACCACUCUCUUGGUGUGGCGCAGAAAGAGAUAGGCGACCGUGAAGGAGCUUUAGAUUCUUUUCAAAGAGCAGCAGACAUGAGAUCGAAUCUGCUAGGUGAUCACGAAAACACGGCGGACAGCUACCACUCUCUUGGUUUAGUGCAGCGUGACAUGGGAGACCUUAAAGGAGCUAUGGAUUCUUUACAAAGAGCAGCAAACAUGAGAUCGAAUGUGCUUGGUGAACACAUAUACACGGCGCACAGCUACUUCUGGCUUGGUAAAGUGCAGCGUGAAGCGGGAGACCUGACAACAGCAUUGGAGUCGGUACAGUUAAGCUUACGAUUAAGAAAAGAACUGUUAGGAGAUCAUCCUGAUACAGCCGACAGCUUUCAUCAGCAAGGCAUUAUCCAUUAUGCAAUGAAUGACAACAAGUCAGCUGUUGAAGCAUUCCAGAAAGCAGCAGACAUAAAUUUAUCUUUGCGUGGAGGUCACAAAUUCACGGCACACAGCUACCACAGCCUUGGUGUGGUGCGGAAAGAGAUAGGGGACCGUGAAGGAGCGUUAGAUUCUUUACAAAGAGCAGCAAACAUGAGAUCGAAUCUGCUAGGUGAUCACGAAGACACUGCGUCCAGCUACUAUUGGCUUGGUAAAGUGCAGCGCGACAUGAGAGACCUUAAAGGGGAUCUGGAUUCUUUACAAAGAGCAGCAAACAUAAGAUCAAAUCUUCUUGGUGAUCACAAAGACACGGCGUCCAGCUACUGUUGGCUUAGUUUUGUGCAGCGCGACAAGGGAGACCGUAAAAGGGGCUCUGGAUUCUUUACAAAGAGCAGCAAACAUGGAAUCAAAUCUGCUUGGUGAUCACGAAGACACGGCGUACAGCUUCUAUGCGCUUGGUUUAGUGCAGCAUGACAUGGGAGACCUUAAAGGAGCUUUGGACUCUUUACAAAGAGCAGCAAACAUAAGAUCAAAUCUUCUUGGCGAUCACAAAGACACGGCGUUCACCUACCACUCUCUUGGUUUAGUGCAGCGUGACAUGGGAGACCUUAAAGGAGCUAUGGAUUCUUUACAAAGAACAGCAAACAUGAGAUCGAAUCUGCUAGGUGAUCACGAAGACACGGCGGACAGCUACCUCUGUCUUGGUUUAGUGCAGAGUGACAUGGGAGACCUUAAAGGAGCUAUGGAUUCUUUGCAAAGAACAGCAAACAUGAGAUCGAAUCUGCUAGGUGAUCACGAAGACACUGCGUCCAGCUACCACUGGCUUAGUCAAGUGCAACGUGACAUGGGAGACCUUAAAGGAACUAUGGAUUCUUUACAAAGAGCAGCAAACAUGAGAUCAAGUGUGCUUGGUGAUCACGAAGACACUGCGUCCAGCUACUACCGGCUUGGUCAAGGGCAGCGUGACAUGGGAGACCUUAAAGGAGCCAUGGAUUCUUUACAAAGAGCAGCAAACAUGGAUUCAAAUCUGCUUGGUGAUCACGAAGACACGGCGCACAGCUACUUCUGGCUUGGUAAAGUGCAGCGUGAAGCGGGAGACCUGACAACAGCAUUGGAGUCGGUACAGUUGAGCUUUCGAUUAAGAAAAGAACUGUUAGGAGAUCAUCCUGAUACAGCCGCCGCCUUUCAUGAGCAAGGCGUUAUCCAUUAUGCAAUGAAUGACAACAAGUCAGCUGUUGAAGCAUUCCAGAAAGCAGCAGACAUAAAUUUAUCUUUGCGUGGAGGUCACAAAUUCACGGCACACAGCUACCACAGCCUUGGUGUGGUGCAGAAAGAGAUAGGGGACCGUGAAGGAGCUUUAGAUUCUUUACAAAGAGCAGCAAACAUGAGAUCGAAUCUGCUAGGUGAUCACGAAGACACUGCGUCCAGCUACUACUGGCUUGGUUUAGUGCAGCAUGACAUGGGAGACCUUAAAGGAGCUUUGGACUCUUUACAAAGAGCAGCAAACAUAAGAUCAAAUCUUCUUGGUGAUCAGAAAGACACCGCGUCCAGCUACGAUUGCCUUGGUAAAGUGCAGCGCGACAUGGGAGACCUUAAAGGGGCUAUGGAUUCUUUACAAAGAGCAGCAAACAUAAGAUCAAAUCUGCUUUGUGAUCACGAAGACACGGCGUACAGCUUCUAUUCGUUUGGUUUAGUGCAGCAUGACAUGGGAGACCUUAAAGGGGCUCUGGAUUCUUUACAAAGAGCAGCAAACAUAAGAUCAAAUCUUCUUGGUGAUCACGAAGACACGGCGUACAGCUUCUAUUCGCUUGGUUUAGUGCAGCAUGACAUGGGAGACCUUAAAGGAGCUUUGGACUCUUUACAAAGAGCAGCAAACAUGAGAUCAAAUCUUCUUGGUGAUCACGAAGACACCGCGUCCAGCUACGAUUGGCUUGGUAAAGUGCAGCGCGACAUGGGAGACCUUAAAGGGGCUCUGGAUUCUUUACAAAGAGCAGCAAACAUAAGAUCAAAUCUUCUUGGUGAUCACGAAGACACGGCGUACAGC